AUGGUUACCGAUUCUCCUGUUCACUCAUCUAGCAGUGAAGAUUUCGCUGCUUUUCUUGACGUGGAGCUUGAUUCCAAAUCCUCUGGCUCAUCAUCUAAUGCCGAGAAAGCUGGGAAUGAGCACCAUUCGGAUUCUGUUGCCUCUUCAUCGCCGGAUGAAGAAGAAGCCGAGGAUGAUGACUCUGAGCUUGAAAACAAGAGGGUAAAAAGGUCUAAGGUGGAGACUGCGGAAAUCGUGGAGGAUGACAGGGGGGCUACUUCUAUUGCUUCUCUAGAGCAGAACUCAAAGGCAUCAUCCAGCAAGGAAAUAUGCACACAUCCUGGAUCAUUUGGAACUAUGUGCAUUGUCUGUGGAAAAAUGCUGGAUGAAGAAUCUGGUGUGACAUUUGGGUAUAUACACAAGGGAUUGAGGCUGGGUAAUGAUGAAAUUGUUCGAUUGCGCAACACUGAUAUAAAGAAUUUGUUAUGUCAUAAGAAACUCUACUUGAUUCUUGAUCUAGAUCACACACUGCUUAAUUCUACACAGCUUAUGCAUAUGACCCCAGAUGAGGAAUAUCUAAAAAGUCAAACGGAUUCACUGCAAGAUGUCUCAAAAGGCAGUCUCUUUAUGUUGAGCUUCAUGCACAUGAUGACCAAGUUGAGGCCCUUUGUACGCACGUUUCUCAAAGAAGCUAGUCAGAUGUUUGAGAUGUACAUAUACACUAUGGGUGAUCGGGCCUAUGCAUUGGAAAUGGCCAAACUGCUUGAUCCUGGAAGAGAAUAUUUCAACGCUAAAGUUAUUUCACGUGAUGAUGGAACCCAAAGACAUCAAAAAGGUCUUGAUGUGGUCUUGGGGCAAGAAAGUGCCGUUCUAAUCCUUGAUGAUACAGAAAACGCCUGGAUGAAGCAUAAAGACAACUUGAUACUGAUGGAAAGAUAUCAUUUCUUUGCUUCAAGUUGUCACCAAUUUGGAUUUAAUUGUAAAUCUCUUUCAGAGCUGAAGAGUGAUGAGAAUGAGUCAGAAGGAGCACUCGCAUCCAUUCUUAAGGUUCUACGGAAAAUUCACCAUAUCUUCUUUGAGGAAUCAGAAGAAAAUCUGGAAGGCAGAGAUGUGAGACAGGUACUCAAAACAGUUCGUAAGGAUGUCCUGGAGGGAUGUAAAAUUGUCUUCAGCAGAGUGUUCCCUACCCAAUUCCCGGCUGAUAAUCAUCAUCUUUGGAGGAUGGCUGAGCAGUUGGGAGCCACAUGCUCUACAGAACUUGACACGUCAGUAACUCACGUGGUCUCAAAAGAUGCUGGGACUGAGAAGUCACGUUGGGCCUUGAAGCAUAACAAAUUCUUGGUCCAUCCUGGGUGGAUCGAAGCUACCAAUUAUUUUUGGCAGAAGCAGCCUGAAGAGAGUUUCUCCGUCAACCAAACUAAGAAUGAAUGA